AUGCGCAAUACCCGCCGCGGCCUCGGCCGCCAGCACUUCCGGCCGCCGCCUGCCUUAAAGGGGCCGACCGGUGAGGCACGCGGCGCUAUGCUGCUCCCUCGUGGCCGCCGGCAGUAUCGCCUUCGCGGCGUCACCCUCCAGCCCAACACACGAGUUGCCGGCGGGGGUAUCACGGCGGGGUUCGCUCCCCUCCGGUCCCAGCAGCAAGUCGUGGAAGGCGCUACCGGGCAUCUCCCGCCCCGCUAAGCCAACCCUGGCGAGACCACCGGGACCUCCCACGGCCGGCCCGCUGAAUCUCCCACUGCCCCCGCAGCGCGGGCUGGUCGACUGACAACGAGGCAGACCAAUGGAUAUUCCCUCAUGCCCAGAGGCAGGGAGCCCAGAGAAAAGCCCCUUUUAUUGUGUCUAGCAUCACUCUGGGAAGGAGGCAAUGGGGAUGCAGUUGUCCAAGGAAAUGGCUGUGGCCACACACUGCUGACACCCCACAGUGGCACCCUGAGCUCCAAGAACUACCCAGGCACAUAUCCCAACCACACCAUGUGCUGCUGGCGGCUCCAAGCCCCCCCAGGCAUAUCUCUGCUUCUGGCAUUCGGUGAUGUGGAUCUGGAGCCCUCUGAGCACUGUGCCCUCAGCUCCUUGCUGCUCACUGACCCCCAGACUGGCACUGCCUACGGACCCUACUGCAGGAACGCCGUCCCUUCUGCCCCACUCCUGGUGACAAACUCCAGCACUGUGACCGUCCUGUUCAACAGCACCAGCCACCGUUCCGGACGAGGCUUCCUCCUGUCCUAUGCCACUUUGCAGCACCCAGACCUGGUCUCCUGCCUGGUUCGAGGCACCCACUAUACCCAGGAACGUGUCAGUGUGUUCUGCCCUGCGGGCUGCAAGGACAUCCAUGGGGACAUCUGGGGCAACCCGAGCCAGGGCUACCGGGAUACAUCAGUGCUAUGCAAGGCAGCCGUGCAUGCUGGGGUGAUUGCAGAUGAGCUGGGCGGGCAGGUCACCCUGUCCCGGGAGAAGGGGAUCACGCUCUAUGAGUCGGCCUUUGCCAAUGGGCUUCUCUCCAAAAGGGGAUCUCUCUCCGAGAAGCGACUCAUAUUCUACAAAGCCUGUGAUGAUGUGCUGGAGGUGGUGACCUUCAAUGCCUCAUCCUGGUGGCAAGAGGUGGGCGUGCUGGGCCAGGAUCGAGCCUGGGUGGCCGAACGGGCAGCACUCGGCACCACUGGCCACUCCUGGGCAGCCAAACCUGACGCCGAGGCUGCCUGGCUAGAGCUGGACCUGGGCACCCGAAGGAAUGUCACAGGCAUCAUCACAAAGGGCUCCUCCGAGCAGCACGACUACUACGUGACAUCCUACCAUGUCUCCUCUAGCCGUGAUGGGAAGAAUUGGAGACCCUACAGAGGCAGCAGUGGCCAGGAGAAGAAGGUGUUUGAAGGAAAUGCUGACAGCCAGGGGGAGGUCUCCAACGCCUUUAUUCCCCCCAUCGUUGCCCGCUACAUCCGUGUCACACCACAGAGCUGGCACCAGCGCGUGGCCCUGAAAGUGGCCCUGGUGGGCUGCCAGGUGGCACGGGUCCGUGUGCCCCGUCCCUACGUGCCCAGUUACCCCAAGAUGGUCCUUGAACCCACCAGCCACCCAGCCAGCCGCACCCCCAUACCUGGCAUCACCCUGGACCCAGAGAAGGCAGGCUCCACACUGCUGGUGAUGCUGCUUAUUGGUGGCUUUGUGCUCUUCUGCUCCUGCUUCCUGCUCCUGGCUUUCCUCUGUCACAGGAAGAGGAAGUCAGCAGCGGAGCUGAACUCUGGGAUCACAAAAGGGUACCCCACGCUGGAGUCGAGCCAGGUCUGCUCCCUGCAGAGCCUGCCAGCCUCCAGCCUGGCUUUCUUCCCCAUGGCCCCCAUGCCAGGGGACCUCAGCCAGACUCAUUCACCAGAGUACGCUGAGCCAGACCUGGUGCUGGUGAGCCCCUGCAGCCAGACAGGUGCCUCCACCUUCAAGCCACUCCUGGAAGAGGGCUACACUCUGCCACUCGUCGUGAGCCACUAUGACAUCCCAGGAAAGCACCAUGAGUAUGCAGAGCCACUGCCACCAGAGCCUGAGUACGCCAUGCCAUUCAGUGAGCCGGAGCCUGCCGGGAUGCGCCGCAGCACUUGCAGCAUCACAGGGCCUGCUGGAUGCUCCCUGGUGCAGUACCAGACCCCUGCCCUGCAGCCUGGGCACCUGCCAGCUGGGGUGGAGCAGACUGGCAGCCCCUAUCCUGAGAGGUCCCUUGCGUGGCCUAGGCACUGUCGUUUUGCACAUGUGUACCAUGAAGCUUUGUGAGGAGGGGAGCACAGCAGCACGAUAUUGGGCGGGAGAAGUGGGAGGCAUGUAAAGGAGGACUUUUCCCGUGAUAGUAGGGAGCUUUAACGUAAUCCUAUGUAAAUAUAUGUGUUAUAUACGGAAAGACAGCUGUGGAACACGGUGGCCCGCACCACCCCUCUGGCAGUUCGUGAUGCUCUAACCUUUACCCCCUCACGAACAAGGGAAAAGGGCGGAAGACUAAAGCACCCCCCUCACCCGCAAGCGCCGACGCCUCCAUACCGUCCGCACCCUCUCUGUUAUUGACCGAUGGUGGGGUGCCGGAACAGGCGGUUACCAGCAGCCCUCUGUCACAAAAAUUGUGCUUCCGAAAUCUCUUGAUGUCGAUUCCGCGAGAGUGGCGCACGGCCCCCCCGUGCCACGCACGGCAGAAGCCCUUUUUAAAGUGGCAGUGUUUCCCCGCCCACAAUCGGAAAGCGCCAAGCUACCGGAAAGGUCACGGAGACGGACACUGCGGCCAUCAGACAUGAU